AUCUCAACGGAAACCGUCCGAUUAGAUCUACUCGCACGCUUAUUUCCUUUUAACAAACAUCCAUCAUCAUCGGUCGUCAUCCCUUCCCUCAGUCUUCACUCCUCACCCAGAACUCUUUUUCAGAUCUAAGAGUUAAGACCUCUCGUUCUCUCUCGUCGGAGAGAGGGAAGAGGAAGUAGCUAGGGUUUAAACUUUAGGCGAAACAAUUUUGCUCUUCUGAAACAGAGGCAGCGUGAGAGAUAGAGGCCAUGGUUGAAGCUCAAACAUGGACGACGAGGCGGAUGAGCAACCCAAGACUAGAGGCCGAGCAGGUGGUCGACAUCCCUGCCACACCAACCGGCGAUGUACGAAACAACAACAUUGGAAGCCUGCUAUCUCCUAAUCUCUUAACGGCCCUGAUCAUCGCUUCCUGGUACUUCUCCAACAUCGGAGUCCUCCUCCUGAAUAAGUACCUCCUCAGCUACUAUGGCUACCGCUACCCCAUCUUCCUCACCAUGCUUCACAUGCUAUCCUGCGCCGCCUACAGCUUUAUCGCCAUUCAUUGGUUGGAGAUCGUCCCCUUUCAGCACAUCGUCUCUCGUCGACAGUUCCUCAAGAUUGCUGCCCUCAGUGCUAUAUUCUGCUUCUCCGUCGUCUGCGGCAACACUUCUCUUCGCUACCUCCCCGUCUCCUUCAACCAAGCUAUUGGCGCCACCACUCCUUUCUUCACUGCCGUCUUUGCUUUCCUAAUUACCUGCAAGAAGGAAACUGCUGAGGUCUAUCUAGCGCUCUUGCCAGUCGUUUUUGGUAUCGUCUUGGCCAGCAAUAGCGAGCCUUUGUUCCACCUUUUUGGAUUUCUAGUCUGCGUGGGAUCCACUGCCGGACGAGCUUUGAAAUCGGUGGUUCAGGGGAUACUACUGACGUCGGAGGCGGAGAAGCUUCACUCCAUGAAUUUGCUUCUGUACAUGGCUCCCAUGGCUGCUGUGAUUUUGCUUCCAUUCACCCUCUACAUUGAAGGCAACAUCACGGCCAUUACGAUGGAGAAGGCCAGGGAGGAUUCUUUUAUUGUUUUUCUACUAAUAGGGAAUGCCACGGUCGCCUAUUUGGUCAAUUUAACCAACUUCUUGGUUACGAAGCACACAAGCGCAUUGACGCUUCAGGUGCUGGGGAAUGCUAAAGCGGCGGUGGCCGCCGUGGUUUCGGUGUUGAUUUUUAGGAAUCCGGUGACUGUAAUGGGGAUGACGGGUUUUGCCGUCACAAUUAUGGGGGUUGUGCUUUACAGCGAAGCAAAGAAGAGAUCUAAAGUUACGGCUCAUUAGCCAGAUUCUAAUUCGUUCAUUGCCAGCCAGGUAUGCCGGAUUAGCUUUUUCCCAUUUUGUGUUUCAUUUAUCCCCUUUGUUCCUCUAAAUCAUCGCCUAUAGCAAAAAAGGACAAGAAAGAGAAGCGAAACCGAAUCGAAUCAAAUGACUGUAUAGGGUGGACAUUGGAGUAAAGAAAAGUGAUCUCUUCUUUUCUUUUUCUUCUUCUUCUUCUUUAGUUCUGGUGGGGUGGUGAGAAUGGAAGGAAGAAAUUCUCUUUUUCCACUCUUCUCUGUGUCUGUAAUUCUUAUAUGCCGGUUGAUUGCAGCUAGAGCAAAAAGGUGACUGAUUGGGAUUCUUUUGGGUGAUGUAUGAUAGUAUUGUAGGGGGAGAAGUACAGACUAAACAAAAGCAAAACCUUCUCCCCCAUUUCAUCAAACUCAAACUGUCAAACACACCUGCUGUUUGAACUCUGUUUCUAUUAUUAUUGUCAUGUCGUCCCAAUUUUUUCUUCCAAUUUUAGUAUAUAUGUUAAAGAAGGUUUGCUAUUGUUAGCAUUCUGUGGAUUCUUUCAACUUUUGGUACCAAGUUCGCGCAUGGAUUAUCUUUA